UUGAUAGACACGCAAGUUUUUGGGUGGCUGGUAAUCGAGGUACUAUUGUCCUUUUCGGAGACUGGUAUUAAGCCAUCUGGUGUAAAAAAUGGCCUCGAAUGUCAGGAAGCCCCACCACAUCAGAAUAAAAGCCUUCCACAACUUCCCGCAAGAUUCCCUUCCUAUCUACUUUCCUUGUCCAUGGUGAAGUCUUUCCCGCCAAAAAACGUCUUCUCACCCUUCCAUUUAUUACAGCCCCCUUUCUUUUCACUCCGCAUCCCACAAGAGAGAGAGAGAUGAAGGGUACUUCCAAAGUGAUAAUGGGGGCAACUCUUGUCAUGGUAGUGGGUCUCGCCAUAGUAUUAGGCCUGGUGCUGGUAUUACUAGCCGAGUUGUACUGCUCACUAUUACUUCGUCGACGAAAGCAAGAAAUCACCACUUCAAGUACAACCACCGCUGCCACCACCACCACUGCCAUUGCCACUGAUUCUUCCUGUCUCCACAAGCAACCCCAAGAUGAAUCAGGUGCUGCUCCACCCCUCAGUAGUUUCUACGCGCAAGGUGUUCUUCGGGCUCCGAGAAACUUCCUGUUCCCCGCAGUGUCUGAGAAAGAACUGGAGUCAGAUAUAGAGAAGCAGCAACAGUCUCAACCUCUUCAAACCCAACCACCCAGCUCCACCCCACAUCGAAUCGGGCUGGUAACUCCCUCACCCUCUUCCCCUUCCUUUGUAUGUUCACCUCCUCUAAUUCCAAAAGUUUCACUUCAAGGUGAUAGUAGUACUAGCAAUGAUGGAGUUUGUGGUAGAGGUGAGGAGCAGUUUAUGUACAUAUCCAAUCCAAUUUACGACAAUGAAGCCGGCAUGCCAAGUAGAGCAGACACCCCAUUUGAAACGCCGGAUACUUCACCGUCCCACUUAGAAAUGGGUGGUUUUUCCGGCGACGACGACCAACCAUCGCCAUCUAGUCCCUCUUCUCUCCCAACUACCCCUCCGUUAACUCCAAUGAAAAAGCUUCCAGCAGAGGGAUGUUCAGUCUGUCUGAGAGAUGCUCGGUCUCUCGCCACUUCAGGUAGUGAUUCCAAUAGUAACAAUGGUGUUUCUUCAUCAUCGUCUGGAUCUCCUUGUACUUCUCCUUCAUGGUGAAUUCAUAUCCAUGUUAAGACCAGACUAUUAACAGCUUUGUUAUUUUGUUUCUUUGUGAAUUUUGGGAUUUGGGGUUUUUUUUUUGUGAAACAUGAUGUCACUAGACUUGCAUGUGUUCUUUACAAACUCUCUCUUCUAGCGUGACAGUGGCACGUCAACCCAAGCCCACGCCUAGCUUUUGUUUUGAUUCGGUUGUGUGAAUAUUUUUGCAAGUCUCUUUUUUUACCCUUCUUGGUGUUGGGAUUGUGAAGAUGCAUGUGAAAGGGUGGGUUGGAUCAAAAGCUAAAAAAAAAAAACUAAUGUUUUUAAUGGAGCUCUUAUGCUGAUUUCAAUGCAUUGAACCCAAAAACAAAGUAAUGGGCAGUGGGUCUUUGUCUGCUGAGACAAGGACGACCUCCUGUUGGGUUUGGCGUACAUGAGACCCAUGACAUAAAGAAGCUUCAGCUUCUGUGAUGGCUCGUGUUUAAAAUUUUUAAUACUAGUAAAAGUAAUUAGUGGAGUAACACUACUACCCUCUUAAGUGAAAGUACAAUCCUGACCUAUUGAGCUGGUUUGCUUUUCUGUGUCAAGUGGUUUUUAGUUUGAGGGGUGAUUGAUUCUUCAUUGUGUAUUACCAUAGAAAAUGGGAUGUGGUUAAAAAUGGGGGACAAGAGGAUUUUCCCUUGAUUGUAUGUGAAAGUUGGUUGGAUUCUUGUUUCCGUAUUUUACAGAAUGGUUUUGGUUGCUUCUGCAGUCCAUUUUAAUGGACAUACGAUUCGAAUUUGUUUGGCUGCUUAUAAAAGCCAUUUAAUGCAACACUAAGGUUGAAAUUCUCCUAUCUUGAAACGUCACUGUGGCUUCUAAUUGCUAAAUCGCCCUCACGAUACUAUAAUUGGAGAUUUGGUGCCAUACCUCAUGGUCCACAUGUAGACCAGACAGUAGUACUUUUUUGUAUACACAAUCCCUCACUGAAAUAAAUCAUAAAAAUU